GCUGACGGAAACGGUGGGACACAAAGAGGAAGUCUGGUGGAUCCAAGCAGAGGAUAUUUUUGCAAUUGAGCUUAAAAUGAAAUUGCAUCUUAAAGGAAUAUCAGCUUUGAAUCAGUGAGCACCGGCAGUCAGUACAACCCCUUUUAUUUUUUUCUUUAGUUAUAACACACUUGACUCUAUUGACUAGUUUGCACUUCCUUUGUGUAGGAAGAAGCUGCAGAUGCUGGUUUAAACAGUGGACACAAAAAGCUGGAGUAACUCAGCGGGACAGACAACAUCUCUGGAGAGAAGGACUACUUACUACACGUAGUCGAUGUUGUUGUCGGGGUCGUGAAGGGCAGUGCAUCGUCAGACAGGCCGAUCUUCUGGACGAUCCUCGUUCCAACACUCGCCACCAUCCUCAGCGAUGCCCUUCGCCAUCUUCCCGCUGUGUUUACUGCCUCUACUGCUGGGACUUUGCAGAGGAUCUCUGGACAUCCAGGUUCCAAUGGACCCUGUGAUCGCCCGCUACGGGGAGGACGUGACGCUGAACUGCACGUUCACCAUCGAGGGCAACUUCACCCUGGGGGACGUGAGUGUGAUCUGGCAGCUGACGGAGACCAAGACCAUGGUGCACAGCUACUCGCGGCAGUGGAACGUGCAGAGUGAGCAGGCGGACAGCUUUGUCAACCGGACCACACUGUUCAUGGACCAGCUGAGCAAGGGCAACGCCUCACUGCUGUUGAGGAAUGUGAAGAUUGAAGAUGAAGGCAGCUUCACCUGCUUCGUCCGUGUCCUAGACCACAACAGUGCCCCCAUCAUGCUCCAACUCGCAGCUUCUUACUCCAAGCCCAACCUGCACCUGGAGCCCAACAAGAACCUGAAGCCUGGAGAUGAGGUGAGCAUUGCCUGCCAUUCCUCGGGGGGCUACCCGCAGGCAACGGUGCUGUGGUUUGACGGGAAGGGGGGCAACGUCACGGAGAAUGUCAGCACCUCGCAGGUGGCCAACGAGCGGGGCCUGUUCGAGGUGAGCAGUGUGAUGCGAGUCACCCUGGAGCCCAACAGCUCGUACAGCUGCACGGUGAGGAACGAGCUACUGGGGGAGGAGACCCAUGCUGCAGCGACUAUCACAGGGCAGCACCUGAGGUUCCCAGCCGUGGCGUUGUGGCUGACUGUCGGCCUGUCCAUCUGCCUGCUGGCGUUGCUGGCUGCCCUGGGCUACGUGUGCAGGAGGAAGAUUCAGCAGAGCUGCAAGGACGAGGGAGAUGGUGCGGGAGAUACGGAAGCAAGGACAGCAAUGAAACCCUUGGAGCCGGCUGAAGACAAGGAGGCAGAAGAGGAGGUACUUGAAUGACACCGAACGCAAGCUGAACCAAGACAAGAGCCAGACAUCGCCACAAGUGUUUCACCGUUUAACUGCCUUACCCAUGGUGUAACCUUCGAAUACAUCUUAGCGAACGGACUGACUGAUGAGCCAAACCCAAAUGCAUUGAGCUGACUCCUUCAUCCAUUGAUAGACACAAAAGGCUGGAGUAACACAGCAAGUCAGGCAGCAUCUCUGGAGAAAAGCAAUGGGUGACGUUUCGGUUCGAGACGAGACCGAUCAAGUUUGACUUGAAGCCAAAUCUAUUGGCAGUCUCAGGAGAGACAGCUGGCAACAGAAUAAUAUAUAAUGGAUUCAAACAAUUACUUGUAGCUUAAUAAUUAGGAAUGGGUGACAUUUCGGGUCGAGACCCUUCUUCAGAAUGAGAGUCAGAGGAGAGGGAGAUAUCUCACAAUCUCUCCACAUCACUGCCCAUUUUCCUCUCCUUGACUCUCAGUCUGACGAAGGGUCUCGACCCGAAUCGUCACCCGUUCCUUCUCUCCAGAGAUGCUGCCCGUCCCGCUGAGUUACUCCAGCUUUUUGUGUCUAUCUUCGGUUUAAGCCAUCAUCUGCAGUUCCUUCCGACACAUCGAGAUCCUUAGCUUGUUUAAACCAAACUAGUGGCUCCAUUAUCCUGAGAUUUGCUGCAAAUGUCCCUGUUUACAAGUGAGCAUGCUGUCUGAAAUUACAAUGCCGUUAAUUACUUUACGGAUUUAGCCGAACCUUUGAACAUAAUUGUCCACGAUGUUCCUAAACAAGAACGACUCUCAUUUGCAAUGUAGAACAUUGUGAAGUUGAUGUUAAUUUGGGAGCUAUAAUUGUGCGUGUAGAAUAUUUUUUUUUUAGCCUUUGUUUUGAUUUAAUUGCUGUUGAAUAUUGUGUUGUUCACACAGCCAGCUGUUGGCUUUCCCGAAACAUCUGCAUUCCCCGUUGCAUUCAUAAUUAGUCAUUCCAGUUGUUACCAG